GCUCUCAGAUUAACUGAUGAACUUCACUGAGAUGAUUUAGCAGCUCGGUUUUCUAGAAAAGAUGUGGUUUUAUACAAACAAAAUAGUAAUAUUGCUUCUUCUCUGCCAGACUUCAUCAUCAGUCAAAAAUUCACUGACGAUUUUUGCCAUUAUAUCAACUGGGAUCAAAAAUCUUCCAAACCUGUUUACAACAGUAAUUGAYGACAUCCAGGUGGAUUACUAUGACGGCAAUGGAAUUAGAAAACAAAGCUCRMUUCUCUGGAAGAACAUAUCAGAUUCCUAUCAGUUGACGAUAUUCUCUGAAGAUGUAUURAACUAUGUGGACCUCAGUUUGACCAUAUACUUAAACAACCUGGCAACUGUAAAUAAAGAUGAAGCUGUUCAUGUUUUACAGUGUAUGAUGGGCUGUGAAAUGGAUGAAAAGUCUGCUGAUGUUGUAAUUUUCCAGCAAUGUGGCUACAAUGGAGAAGAUUUUAUGAAACUAGACUACAAAGAUCUGACUUGGGUUGCUCAGCAUCCUUUGGCUGAAAACCUUACACUGUAUUUGAAUUUAGAUCAGCAGACAAUAAACAACACAAAGGUGUUUCUGUCACUAAUUUGCCCUGUACUGCGAAACGAGUUUGUGAAUCGUAGCGCUCUGCAGAGAGAAGACCUCACUUCUGUCGCUCUCCUCCAGAAGAACUCUUCCUCUCCUGUCAGAUGUUUUGCCACAGGUUUCUACCCAAACUCAGCUGAGAUGUUCUGGAGGAGAGAUGGAGUGGAGAUCCAAAAUGAUGAGGAUCCCAGUGAGAUUCUCCCAAACCAUGACAACACUUACCAGAUGAGUGUCGACCUGAAUGUUUCAGCUAUUGCAUCUGAAGACUGGAAGAGAUAUGACUGCGUGUUUAAGCUCAGUAAUAAAACCAUAGCAACCAGACUGAAAAAGGAAAUAAUCAUUACUGAGGAUGCUCCAGAUCCAGUGUCUCCUUCCUCUUCACCUUCCUCUUCCUCCAAGUUUCCUCUUGAUUUGGCCAUUGGACUYGUUGUCGGAUUGAUUCUGUUGUGCUUCUGCAUAACUGGACUCUUUCUUUGGAAAAAUUCUACAAACGCCUCACAUUUCAAUGACAGACCUCCAUAUCCCAACUAUCCAACCACCAUACAAAAUUGUCAACAUCAUUGUGAUUUCGAGUAAGUUUGUGAUCAAACUCUGUGUUUUGAGUGGGAUCAAAAGAACGGAUACAACGCUGGAAUUACAAAUAAUGUYAUUUAAUCAACACUACCUGUGACUCCUUAAAAAUAUUAUGGUGUGACGUCUCUUGCAGGCRACAUACUGGAAAAUAAUAACUUGUUACAUAUUUUGGUUUAACUUUUUUUAUGAACUAAUAUCAAAGCAAUCUUUUAAUGAACGAAAGAAGGWMGUYUUUAAGUAUCUUACCUGGUUGAUUCAAUGACUUGUACUGCUCUAUGUAGCUAUGACUUUCUUGAAAUAAUUUGGUUUGUAUGGCAAUUACAAAAUCACUAUAUUUUCAGAAUGAUAUAAUUCUCAAUUAACUUCUUCUUGUUCUAUAUUUUGAUCAAUGUUUCUGUUUAGUCUGCCAUCAAUUAAAGGGUAUAUGUUGUCAUCAUAUAGUUUGCUUCCUGUCCUUGAAUUUUUUCAAGGACACAUCCUAGUUAAAAACGCAGUACAUAACUUUUAUAAAAUAUAUGUUUUUUUUCUACAUAUCUGUUAAAACUGUCACCAUUUUGUGACAAUUUGCUAURAGACAAAUAAUCAGUGAAAAGAUCAAUCUCUUCCAUCUCCUCCCUGAACUGCUAUUGUCAUCUGAAGAAACAACCAAAAACAGCCAAUUAGAGCCAGGAGAGUCUUGGCACCGUGAAUCAAUCUCUUGUACUCACUGCUAAAUGUGCUAAUGGCAGAGAAA